AUGCCUGCUGCAAGCAACAAGGCGCGCGGUCCGCAGUGGAUGGGAGUGCGGUGUGCUGAGCCUGACGCGUGUGCGUGUGCGUGUGCGUGUGCGUGGGUGGUGCAGCGCGCGCUGGAGGCGGAGUGCCUGGCGGUGCUGAACGCGGGGGACCGCCCGCAGCUGCUCGCGCUGCGCGGCAUUGGGGCGCGGCGCGCGGACGCCGUGCUGGCGCUGCGGCAGGCCGCCGGCGGAGGGCCGGUCUUCCACUGCAAGGACGACCUGGCGGCCAUCGGGCUGCGCGGCAAGCAGCUGACAGCCAUGUUCGAUCUUCGCCUCUUGAAAGAAACGAGGGCGUCGUCAAGACGGAAGCAAGGGUGUUCAUUGAUGUCGCAAGGUGUCAGUCCAGGUAGCUAGAGGCAUAUGGCAGACUCGAGAAUACAUACCUCUCUGCAAAACCAGGCGGCAACGUUUCACACUGGAUAGCUUUUGUAAAUGUAUGAGCCCAGUUUCGACUGUGUGAUAAGGAAUCUUGCUGCUCUAGGCGAAGUCUAAACUCAAUAAUGUGUGAAAGUUGCUCCACCUGGCUGAUCUGCAACAUGGCCGCCACACCUCAACCUAGCUUUCCAGAACCCUCUUUCACAUUGUGGGAGGUCAACUUAGGCUCGCAACUUAGUUGACUCAGACGUCGCACUGUGACAGUAUCGUGCAUAUCCUGCGG